ACUGGGGGGCGGGCAACACCGACAGUUGUCUGCAGGCAAAGAUGGCGGUGCGGAAGAAAGACGGCGGCCCGAAUGUUAAAUAUUUCGAAGCAUCUGACACCGUUUCUCAGUUUGAUAAUGUCCGCGUCUGGUUGGGGAAGAAUUACAAAAAGUACAUCCAGGCGGAGCCCCCCACCAACAAGUCUCUGUCCAGCCUGGUGGUCCAGCUGCUGCAGUUCCAGGAGGAGGUGUUCGGCAGACAUGUCAGCAACCCCCCCCUCACCAAGCUGCCGAUGAAAUGUUUUCUGGACUUUAAGUCCGGGGGGGCUCUGUGCCACAUCCUGGCUGCAGCCUACAAGUUCAAGAGCGAUCAGGGAUGGCGCAGGUUUGACUUCCAGAAUCCGUCCAGGAUGGACCGGAAUGUUGAGAUGUUUAUGACAAUUGAGAAAUCUCUGGUGCAGAACAACUGUCUGUCCCGGCCGGUCAUCUACCUGAGCUCUGACAUAGACCCAAAGCUACUAGGGAAGCUGAAAGACAUCAUCAAAAGGCAUCAGGGCUCAGUGACAGAGGACAAAUCCUCCAGCUCUCAUGUGGUGGUUCCUAUCCCGGCCAGCCUGGAGGAAGAGGAGUGGGUUCGUCCUGUGAUGAAGAGAGAUAAACAAGUCCUCCUCCACUGGGGAUACUUUCCAGACAGUUAUGACACCUGGAUUCCUGCCAGUGAAGUCGAGGCUGCAGUCGAGGAUCCUCCGAGUCCAGAGAAGCCCAGGAAGGUCCACGCAAAGUGGAUUUUAGAUUUGGACCAGUACAACGAGUGGAUGAAUGAGGAGGACUAUGAGGUGGGAGAGAGCUGUCCUAAGAGGAAGAGGAUCUCUGCCAAGACCCUGACGGAUGAGGUCACCACGCCUGAUGAGCGCAGAGACAAGAAACCGAGCAGCGCCAAGAAGAGGAAACGCUCGCCGUCGCCGUCCCCCACCCCUCCACCCCAGGAGAGCAAAAAGAAGAACACCAAGAAAGGACCAACAACUCCAUACACCAAGUCCAAACGCGGCCAGCGAGAGGAGGAACAGGAGGAUCUGUCGAAGGACCUGGACGAAACCUCACCUGUUCCUCCGUCUGAAGAUGGAAACGCAGCAAAGACAAAUAACACCAAGAAAGACUCGGAUUCCACUCCAGUCAAAGGAGGAACGGACAUGGACGAGCAGGAGGACGAGUCCAUGGAAACAACGGGGAAGGAGGAGGAGGAGGGCUCUCCGAGUGUGAAGGGGGAACCGGUGAAGAGCUCAGAUCUACACGAGGACAACGUGACUGAACAAACCCACCACAUCAUCAUACCCAGCUACGCCGCCUGGUUCGACUACAACAGCGUCCAUGCCAUUGAGCGCAGAGCCCUCCCCGAGUUCUUCAAUGGGAAGAACAAAUCCAAAACUCCUGAGAUAUAUCUGGCGUACAGGAACUUCAUGAUCGACACCUACAGACUGAACCCUCAGGAGUAUCUGACCUCCACCGCCUGCCGGAGGAAUUUGGCGGGAGAUGUGUGCGCCAUCAUGAGAGUCCACGCCUUUUUGGAACAAUGGGGGCUGAUCAACUACCAGGUGGACUCUGAGAGUCGGCCCACGCCGAUGGGCCCCCCGCCCACCUCUCACUUCCACGUCCUGGCGGACACGCCCUCCAGUUUAGUCCCCCUGCAGCCCAAGACGUCCCAGGUGAGUUCCCGCUCCGAGAUGCUCCUGCAGAUGAAUCUGGCUGUGAUUGACCCCCUUUUCCUGCAGACUCCCGCCUCCCAGCCGAUGAUGUCCUUCCCUGAUAAGAUGAAGGAGAAGCCGACAGACCUGCAGAACUUUGGGCUGCGGACGGACAUGUACAGCAAGAAGACCGGCUCUGCAAAGAGCAAGAGUGCAGCCAGUUCCAUGAGGGAGUGGACAGAACAGGAAACGCUGCUCCUCCUAGAGGGUCUGGAGAUGUACAAGGACGACUGGAACAAAGUGUCUGAACACGUGGGCAGCCGUACGCAGGACGAGUGCAUUCUGCACUUCCUGCGGUUGCCCAUUGAAGACCCGUACCUGGAGGACGGCUCCUCCUCCAUGGGCCCCCUGGCCUACCAGCCGGUGCCCUUCAGCCAAGCCGGAAACCCCGUCAUGAGCACCGUGGCCUUCCUCGCCUCGGUGGUCGACCCGCGUGUGGCGUCCGCUGCCGCCAAGUCUGCUCUCGAGGAAUUCUCCCGUAUGAAGGAGGAAGUCCCCGCGGCGCUCGUCGAGGCUCAUGUGCGGCGGGUGGAGGAGGCGGCGAGGGUCAGCGGCCGACAGGAUCCGCUCUACGGGUUGGAGGGCAGCGGCAUCGCAGGAACCGGCUUGGAGGAAGGAGAGCGGCCCGAAGAAAGCAGCGAUGAAAACAAAAACGACAACCAGUCGAGCGAAGAGAAGAAAGAGGCCAAAGACAGCAAAGAAGGAGCGAUGGCGGAGGAGGAGAAGCAUGCAGAGAACGAGAAGAAGGAGGAGGAGAAAGGAAGAGAAGCUGAAGGAGAAAGGGAAGGAGACAAGACCGAGACGGACAUCGGGAACGGCGAAAAGGAAAAAGACAGAAAAGAGGAAACAGAAGAGGCUCAAAGAGAAGGAGAGAGUGAAGGAGAAAGAAAGGCAAAAGUGGAACGGGACGUAGGAGAAGGAAACCUGGCGACUGCUGCCGCCUCUGCGUUAGCAGCUGCUGCCGUCAAAGCCAAGCAUCUAGCAGCGGUGGAGGAGAGGAAGAUCAAAUCUCUGGUGGCUCUGCUGGUGGAGACCCAGAUGAAGAAGCUGGAGAUCAAACUACGACAUUUUGAAGAACUGGAGACGAUCAUGGACAGAGAGCGGGAGGCCCUGGAGUACCAGCGGCAGCAGCUGCUGGCCGACCGUCAGUCCUUCCACAUGGAGCAGCUGAAGUACGCAGAGAUGCGAGCGCGACAGCAGCACUUCCAGCAGAUUCAGCACCAGCAGCACAGCCAGGCCGGGGGCCCCCACGCCACCCAGGCCGCCCCGGGACCGCCUUCACAAAACGUGACUUCGAGUCAGCCAGCUUCCAGCACACCAGCGCCGCAGGCGGCCCCAAGCCCCGCCCCACCAGCAUCUGCAGCCCCGCCUCCUGAGUCCCAGCCGCACCCGGGGGCCCACAGCUCUCCGCCCCGCCCACCCGGCCAGGUCCCAGCAGCUCAGUCCAGCUCCAGCACCACACCGGCGCUCAACGAACCGAGCGCUCCAGUUUCCGGGGAGACGCUUCACCCUCCAGCCCCGGUCCCCCCCCCACAGUGAGGAUGUGAAAGACUGCCCCCCCCCUCAAAGUCCGCCUGCAUCAUCUGAGAUGAAAAAGUUCUCCACUGAGGAGGAGAAAACAUUUUACCUUUUCAUUUGUGACGGAGAACACCCGACUUCUGUUUGCCGUCUGGAAACAGGAAGUCCUUUUCAUAUAAAUGUAUUUUAAAGGUCAUGUGAGCUCAGCCGGACGCCGCCAUCUCCAGCCGGCGCCGGCCGGGUUCUGGUGCACAUAGAUAGUCUUACUAACAUGCCAGCAUUGAAGGAGAAGGAAAGACUCAUCUUUGGUUUUCAGUGUUUUUUUAUGUGAUCCUGACAGUCGGACAUGUCAUAUCUGACGAUCCCCCCCCCGUGUAAUGUAGGUACGUAUUCAGAAACAAAGCACUUUUAAAUGAAGUCUCACUGACAGACUUGAAGUGUCCAGCAGAAUAAACAUAAGCACUUAUAUCCUUCUUUUUGGUCAUUUGAAAAACCUGAUUGGAAAUCUUCUUUUGCUUGAAUCUUGUUUUUGUCAUGUGGACAAAGAGUUACUGUACAGGGUGAAGCCUGGGGGGGUCUAACGUCAGCGGAAGAGCUGGGAAUGAUGGGAAAAAAAGGUUUUGAGUUUGACUUGAGAACGAAUUUGCUGUUACAAACAGACGUUCCGGCAGGUUGCCACGGAAACCGUGUGAAGGAAAAUAUUUGCGGUGAUCCUAGAAGACAAAAACGUUUGGGUGAUAGUGAUGCUUCCUGUUUCUGAACGCAUCAUGGAUGUACGCUCGAGGGGUUGUCUUUAAAAAAAAAAAAAACGUCUUGGGAUGAUGGAGUUUGUGGUUAUUAGCAAUCAUAUGUACUACCUUUAGAACUGGAUGCGGUGUUAUCUUUUUAUCCAAACUGUUUUCUAAUCAUGCUAUUAUCAUAAUUCUUGGACAGUGUUUCUCUUUUGCAUUUUUUAUUGGAAGAAAUGUGGAUGCUGUCAGAAAAAAAGGGAGCACCUUAAAAUACAGCUGACGAUAAAGAAUUGUGUCCCUGCAAAUAUAUUCUCACCUUUUUUUAUAUUUUUUUAUUGCUUUUCCAUCUAUUUCUUUGAUAUGUCAACAAUGUAAGUGUAGAAAUGACCUUUCUAGCCUGUAUUUACCCUACCGAGCUGUGUGUGAUCUAGACCUAUCAGGGGUGUGACUGUGACCAUGUGUGCACGUGAACGCAUGCCAUUACCGGAACAUGCCGACGUUCUGUUUUCAUUGAAGUGCCAUGAGUCGUGUGUUUGAAGAAUUAAAAAAAGCGAGCGCACAGCUCGCCACAUCAGUGUCAUAAACGUUUCCUCAGAUGGGAAACGUUGCAGUUAAUGUUCGUCACGCCAGUAUUGCAGUCCUCACAGCCGUCCGCUGGGAGCAGAAACCAACUUCUUUUCUCCGUGUUAUUACAUUUAUGUGGACUUUGUGAUAUGAAGUAAGUGUCCGUUGGGUUUUUGUAUGUUCUCCACUUUGCUGAAGGAGGCAGCGACUGCAUUCAGAUAACAUAGAAGUCAUUUUUUUCAUUUGUAAAUCAUGACAUUAGUGCUGGAAAUUACUCUUGCAGUUUGUAUAACGAAAAAGAUCAAAACAGGUUUUAACUACAAAAUGUUUGAGGACAAUAAAAAUGUGAAGAGGGGCGA